AUGAACUCGGAGAAGGAGCUACUGUCCCUGGACAAGCCAGCAGCCUCUGAGACCUCCUGGACAGGAAGCCAGAUGGCCAAGAGGAGCCAGCGUCUCAGCCCAGCCCCCUACCAGAAUACGAGGCCCCACAGCAGUGCCCGCCAGCCACCCUGCCCGAGAUGGCCGCCUUUUACCAGGAGCUGCACAUGCCCACGCAAGGCCAGACCAUCACCCGCCAGCUGAUGCACAAACUGUUGGUGUUCACCGCCCGAGAGGUGGACCACCGCGGGGGUUGCCUGAUGCUCCAGGACAUGGGUAUCUCCCUGUUCAUCCCUCCAGGUGCUGUGGUUGUGGGCCGCCAGGAGCGGGUGUCUCUGAUCCUGGUGUGGGACCUGUCGGACGCCCCAUCACUCUCCCGAUCCCAGGGGCUGGUGAGCCCUGUGGUGGCGUGCGGCCCCCAUGGGGCCUCCUUCCUGAAGCCCUGCACCCUCACGUUCAAGCACUGUGCCCAGCAGCCCAGUCACGCCCGCGUCUAUGGCAGCAAUACUACCUUGCUCGACACCAAGGCCUGGAAGCCACUGGGAAGGCCAGGGGCCCACACCUCCCGGGACGAGUGUCGCAUCCUCCUCUCCCACUUCAGGGAAGCCCGCAAGGGGCUGCAGUUGGCGGUGUUCUGCUCGCCGCUGGUGCCAGGGCAGUCCCACCUGCAGCUGCGCGUCUACUUCCUCAACAACACGCCGUGCGCCCUGCGGUGGGCUGUGACCAACGAGCAGCCCCAUGGCGGACGCCUGUGUGGGCCCUGCCAGCUCUUCGACUUCACAGGGGCCAGAGGGGACCAGUGCCUGAAGCUCACCUACAUCUCUGAGGGUUGGGAGAAUGUGGAUGACAGCAGUUGCCAGCUGGUUCCCCAUCUCCACAUCUGGCAUGGGAAGUGUCCCUUCCGUUCCUUCUGCUUCCGGAGAAAAGCAGCCAAUGAGAAUGAAGACUGCUCGGCACCAGUCAAUGAGAUCAUCGUCACCAUGCAUACCUACCAAGAUGGCUUGGAGACCAAGUACAUGGAAAUUCUUCGAUUCCAGGCCUCAGAGGAGGAAUCCUGGGCAGCACCACCCCCUGUGGCCCAGCCGCCCCCAUGCAAUAGGCUGCCCCCAGAGCUCUUUGAGCAGCUGCAGAUGUUGCUGGAGCCCAACAGCGUCACGGGCAAUGACUGGCGCCGCCUGGCUUCUCACCUGGGGCUCUGCGGCAUGAAAAUCCGGUUCCUGUCCUGCCAGCGCAGCCCCGCAGCCGCCAUCCUGGAGCUGUUUGAGGAGCAGAAUGGCAGCCUGCAGGAGCUGCACUACCUCAUGACCGUCAUGGAGCGGCUGGAUUGUGCCUCCGCGAUCCAGAGCUACCUGAGCGGGACGCACAGCGGCAGCAGCCCAGCCCUCCUGCGCGGGGGCGCCUGGGAUAACCAGGGCCUGGAGCUGGACGAGAAGCUCUGAGCACCCUGGGGUGGUGCAGGACGCAUGCCGGCAGCAGCACUUCGGCCACGAGGAGGCAGCACUUCGGCCAUGAGGAGGUGCAUGUGCCUCUACGCCCAAGGAGAACAUAGCAGCUGUUCCUGGCUGCGCCCACCACCCUCUUAGAGCCCUUGGCCAGUGCUCUGGGCCACCGGUAAGUCCAGAGUAUCCUCGCCAGCCUCUUUGAUCAGCACCUCCAUCUCGGCCGCGAACUUUGUCCUGCGUGCAGGUCCCCUUCUGACCGGCAGGGGGCGCGGGAGCCCAGGAGAUGGCCACAGCACGGUCAGCCUCCGGGAAGCUAUUUAAUAGACCAAUGGACUGUCACUCAGAGCCAUUCCUUGGGGACUGGUCAGUCCACAAGUAUUCACUGAGCACUUAGUACAGCCCAUCACCGCACUGGUACGGUGGGGCAUACUGGAAUCUAUAAAGCAGGAUCUGGAGCCUUGGCAAGUACACAGUUUUCUUGUGGGAGUCCAGAUGCGCUCAGAUAAGCCGAGGGCAAAUUCUGCAAUGGAGCAUGCCUUGCAGUUAGGGCGUGCGGGGAGAAGGAACUGCAGGUGCUUUAGCAGCUGGAAACGGCGGGAGCUGCGUGUGGGCUGGAGCACGGAGAAGGCCUCCCAGAGGCCGGUGGGAAAGAGGACUUGCAGAGUGGUAGAGAGAUCUUUAGAUGGGGUAGCAGGAGAGGGAAACUUAGGCAAGAAGCAAGAAGUGAGCAUUUAGGAACCAGUCUGGUG